AUGCUCCUCGUAUGCAUAGUGAAGUGGCUAGUGACGGUACAGAUGGCCGGAUGGCUAGACGGUGUGUCCGGCGUAGUCGCUUCUCCCCGCAACCCGCACGACCUCUUGCCCGAUGCGGGUCUUCUAAACCCCGGCGCAAAGCUUGGCGUGCAGAUCCCGACCGGCCUCUUUGCGAACCGCCUCGUCUUUCUAUCACUACUGCUGUAG